AUGAAGUCAUUAGAUUCUUCAAAGCUUUUCACAGAAGAUUGGAUAAUAACUGUUCCAUCUCAUCCCCACCUCCGCUUCAUUCGUCUAAUCCCCAGCCGCUACGACCAUCUAGUCCGCAUUUUCAGCAACCCCUUAAACGACCCCAACAACCGUACUCCAGACGAUACCAGCUGGAAAGAAUCCGAUUCUGUUGAUCUAAUAAAAACCUACACUCAGCGCUUUUCCACUUCCAAAACCUCACAUAAUGCCCUAGCACUCCUAGUAGAGGAAAAUGGCAAAAUUGUAGGCAUAGGACUCAUGCAUGAAUUUGAACAUCAACCCCGCUUCGCGAAUAUCGGGACGAUUCUUGAGGAAGCGGGUAGGGGUCAUGGGAUUGGCAAGAUUUUGAUGGAGCUACUUUUGAGGUUGAGUUGUGAGUUGAAUGUAGAUGUUUUGGAGGCGGGUACGAUGAAGAAGAAUGCGGCGAUGAGGGGGUUGAUGAGGAGUCUGAGGAUUGAGGAGGUAGAGGAGGAGAAAAUCAUGCCGGGGAAUAGAAAGGUUGCCGAAAUUAUGUUUAAGGGUAUUGAGAGGCAGAGGUGGAGAGAUUUUGAGAUUCAAGUUGAGUUUUUGGGAGAGGUGAAUUGA